AUGGAUUCUUUAGAGUUAUUGUAUUCCCAAUUACCAGAUUUGAGAAGAGAUUUACAGACAAAACAAAAUGAAGAAGAGGAGUUGAGAAAUGAAAUCAGUGCAAUUAUAAAAAGUUUUGUAUCAGUAAAUAAUCAAAACGCAUCAAAUGGUUUUGAAAGUAAUUGCAACAUUUUGUCUCAAAAUUUGGCAUCCAUUGAAGUUUUAAGUUCACAGUUAACAAAUAAACUUAAGUCUGUUUCACAGUUGGCAGAUAAUAUUUCUUGUCGUGUUUCUUCAUUAGAUAUAACAAAAACAAGGAUUGUUGAUUGUCUACAGCGUAUAUCUGAUUUGAAUGAUUUAAAGUCUUGUGAAGAAAUAAUUCCAAAUUUACUUGAAAAAGAAAAAUAUGAAGAAGUAUGUGAACAUUUACGAAAAUUUUUAACUUUAGAUUCAAAAGUUUUUAAAAUUAGAGCUAAUAAACUUGAACUAAAUUCUUCAAAUACACGUGGUUUUGCUGAUGAUUCAUUAACUUUUUCAUACAAAAUUUUACAACAAUCACUGGAACAAAUGAAACAAAUUGCUGUUUCUAAUUUAGAUGAUGCUUUAGAAAAAUAUGAUGUAGAAAAAAUUGAACGAUUUACAAAAUUACUACCUAAAAUUAAUGAACACAAGAUAGGAAUUGAAAAAUUUAGUAUUUAUCUAAAAAAAGAAAUUUCAAAAAUUGGGGAAGAACAAAAAAAUUUGUUGGAAAAAUUAUUGGAAGAUGUAAAUCAAGUUCAAAAUGUUCGGUUUACUGAUGUUGUAUCAAAUAUUUUGGAGGGUGUUGCAGCAAUUUUUGAUAAAUAUUUCCGAAUACUAACAAGCAAUUAUGGCGUUGAUUAUACUUUAAUGUGUAUUGAAAAUGUUCAAGAGGAGUGUGAUGUUCAAAUGAAUGAUGUAUUAACUAAAUUUGAAAAAAUAAAAGAUGUAAAAGAAAAAGUUAAAUUAAUUAAUUCUGUUAUAUUAGAUGGACAUAAAAGAACAAAUACUAAGGAUGAUACUGAAAAAUUAAAUGCAAAACAACUUGAAAAUAUUUUCUCUGACAUUAUAAUGAUGAAUAGUAAGGUUGGACUUUAUUGGAAAUUUAUGAAAAAAAGAAUUAGUGAUGCUGAUUUAAAAAAUGCAGAAGAUUUAAAAAAUUGUGAUAAUGAGUCACAAGAUGACGUUGAAGCUCGACUAGUUGAAUUUGAGAAAAUGCAAUCAUUAAUGGGAGAAUAUGUUUUAAUGGAACAAUAUUAUAUGACUGAAUCUAUAAAAAAAGCAAUUGAGUAUGAUAAUUUAGAAGAAAAUUGCGUCGUUUCUUCAAUUGUAGAUGAUGUCUUUUUCAUUGUUAGGAAAUCUGUUCGCAGAUCUAUAACAUCUACUUCUGUUGAUUGUAUUUGUGCAUUACUUAACAAUGCAACUACACUUCUAGAAAUUGAGUAUUGUGAACAUUUAAAUAAAAUUAUCAAAGCUGGAUAUCCAUCUAAUUUGAUGGCUGAAGCUUAUAAGACUGCUCAAAAUGCUUACAUUGCUAUCAAAAAUGGUAAGAAUACAUCUAAUGAUAGUGGUAUUGAAAAACAAAAACAACAAUAUUUAAUUGCAUUAAAUAAUUUUAAAAAAAGUGCUGAAUCACUUGAAGUUUUAAGUAAUGGGUUGAAGGAUGACUUUAAACAUCAUCUUACAGGUUUAAGUAAUCUUGAUGAUAAUAAAUUAAAAAAUACUCUUGGUCAAUUUGAUGAUUUAAUUAGAAGAUUUGAUAACUUUUCUUUACUUGCAGUAAAAAAAUUAUGUUCAUCAUCAUUAAAACCAAAGAUCAAAAGCAAUGUAGAAGAGUAUCUUGACAUUGAACAUACUUUAGAGGAGAGAGAUUUUAAUGAAUUUGAAGCAAAUGAUCCUUUCAUGGAACAAUUUAUUAUGAAACUUGAUGCAAUGUUAUCACGUUUUGAAAACAUACUAUUAGAAGAAAACUAUAAAGCACUAAUAAAAGAAGCUUGUGUUGAAGUUUUAGAGCAGCUAAAGAAAAUAAUUUUCAAGUGUAAUUUUAAUCGGUUUGGUGGAAUGCAAUUAGAUAAAGAAUUUAGACAACUUAUUUCUUAUAUGACCGAUAUUUCAGGUUGGCAGAUUCGUGAUUUAGCACAGGAAAUGUCAUACAUUACAACAAUACUAAACUCCGAAACUAUUGAUGAAGCUGUAGACUUUUACGAAACACUUACAUAUGAUUCAUUAGUAUCAGUUUCUAGAAAGUUAACAAGAGAUGAUUUAAAGAAAAUUCUUAAUUUGCGUGUUGAUUUAAACAAGGAAUUAAUUAAAAAGAUAUUUUCUAAUUGA